AUGACGAAAGUUGUCAAUUACAAAGUAAAUGGAUCUGGAAGAGAUACAUACAUCAAUUAUGGAAAUGGUGGAUUCUAUAAAUCAGACUCAUUGCAUACAGAGGACUCCUUUUGCUCCUUGUCAAAGCAGAACUCAUUGCCCAUUAUUAAUAGCAAAUUCAAGCUUUAUCACACAGAUGGCACAGGUCGAGAUUCUUACAUCAGCGAGGGUCAGGGCGGGUUCUAUAGCUAUCAACCCAAAUUAAAUUUUUUAGGCAGAUUACGACGCUAUGAGCCAUCUCCUGAGGCCAUCAGAGAAAACGACUUUCUAAGAAGAAGCUAAUUGGUCAAACCAGCCAAGGAGCAAGAGCGACAGCUCAAAUAGAGCGCAGUGGUGGAACAAGUCACUCAGAGACUACAAUUACCCAAAAUCAAAAAGGAAUGA